AUGUCGAAGAAGGAUACUAUAUAUGCCGACUCCAAGCGGUUUCUCGAUGAGCGAGGGUCGAACGCUGCCCUUGCGCCGAACGGCUUGAACCCGGCUACGAUUAUGGAAAAGACUGUCAAAGACCGCAUUAUCGAGUCAUACUUCUACAAAGAACAAUGCUUUGCCCUUAAUGAAGCAGAUAUUAUCGACCGAGUUGUCGAGCACGUAAAUUUCAUUGGCGGCACCCACGGAUCAAUGCAAAAACCGAGUCCUUUUCUUUGCCUCGCUUUCAAGCUCUUGGAACUGGCACCAUCCGACGAAAUCCUCUCUGAAUAUCUAAAAUAUGGUGGCGAGGAGUUCAAAUAUCUACGCGCUCUAGCAUGCUUUUACUUGCGCAUGACAAGACAAGCAAAAGACGUCUAUGAGCAGCUGGAACCGUAUCUCGAAGACCGCCGAAAACUUCGUCGCAAGGGCCGUGCUGGCACCGCCCUCACAUACAUGGACGAAUUCGUGGACGAUUUGCUUACAAAGGAACGUGUCUGCGCUACAAGUUUAUGGAAGAUGACGAAGCGAGAAAUUCUUGAAGACCUAGAAGUCCUGGAGCCGAGGGUAAGCCCUCUUGGUGACAUCGAUGAUCUGCUCGACGAAGAUGACGAAAAGCAGAAUGGCAACGGCGGUGAUUCAGACGCGCCGUCAGAGCGAGGAGAUGAUGAUAUGGAUCUUGACAGAGACGAAGCACCGCGGAGUCGCAGCGGUUCGCCUUGA